AAAUAAUUAUCAUCUACCUUAUCUGCUUAUUUUUUUUCCCAUUAGAUACAAGACAAGGGGAAAUUUUUAAUCACUUGACCUUUCCAACCUAACCGCAUUUAAUUUAAACUCUGGGUAUAUAAGUGAGGGGCAACAGGAAUUUAUGUUUUAGUAUUGUCAUUUUAUUUUAGUGUUCAAUUUUUUGUAGUCUAUUUUGUUUUGGUCAUUUCACCUGUACGAUUGAAGUGUGCUUUCUGCCCUCAUAGAAAAAAUGCCAGUGAAUACAAAUGAAAUAAUUUAUGCGAUAAGGCAGCUUUCGGAUGCAAAGAAUUUGGAGGUGACAGUCAUGGAGAGUGGGAAGGGAGCCUGCAUAGCAGCAGCAUGCACGUUUGCAGGUGGUCUGCUGGCUGGACCAAUUGGACUGGGUGUUGGUGGAACUUUGGGGGCGAUUUUCGCUGCUUACAAUGGUUCUGGCAAAUUCAAGUCCGUGGGUGAGGUGAUAAUGGAAAUGACACCAGCGCAGAGGACCGCUCUGGCGGAGUCCGUGAUGAAGGUGAUACACGAUGUGGAUGGCAGAGAUUUGGCGAUGCUCGCCACAAUCAUCAUGACGAACAAUUCGCUGCAGGCUGUGGUCCUGCGACAGGUCACCCAAUUCUUCAAAAACGAGAUGGGAAUGACGAUUAAUUGACUGCCGUCUCAACUCCACUUGUCCACAUAUUGUCUGUACAUAUUUUAUUCAAAUUGUAUCGUUUCUUUAAGCAGUCAUCCAAUCCAAUCAACUCGAGAAUAUAUAUACAUUUUAUACAAAA